AUGAAUGGAUCACAUGUUUUUUCUAUUCCUCCUGCAAAUGAUCAAAUUCGUUUUAUUGGUCGAAAGGGAUAUCCAACGCACAAUGUCAUGUUAGUGUGUAAUGUUGACAUGCUAUUCACUUUUGUGAUUGUUGGUUGGCCUGGCACUGCACAUGACACCUGUAUCUUUUCAACUGUGCUUGAAGAAAUCAAAAACGUGUUCCUUCACCCUCCAAAAGUGGAUGCUGGUUAUCCUAAUAUGAAAGGGUAUCUAGGACCUUAUAAAGGUGAAAGAUACCACAUUGAUUUUAGAGGUUGCAAUAAGCUAAAAGGUGUAAAAGAAACAUUCAACCAUGCAUAUUCUUCGUUAAGAAAUGUCAUUGAACGAACAAUUGGAGUUUGGAAGAAUAGGUGGCAUAUUCUACGUGAUAUAAAGCCAUUUUCGUUGAUAAAACAGGAAAAGAUUAUUGUUGCAACAACGGCACUUCAUAACUACAUUAGACAAUGUGGUGUUAUAGAUGAGGACUUUGACAAAUGUGAUCAUAAUCCCAAUUAUAUUUCUGAGAGUCAAGAAGAAAGAAGUAAUGAUGAAGAAAUGGGUUCAUAUACUUGUAGAAGAGCAUUGGAUGAUAGUUAUAUGGGUAGAGUUCGCAACCAAAUAGCUACUGCAUUGAUGGAAAAUAGAAAUCGUUAA